CCCGUCAAAUAAGCAAAUACGCUCCCCUAUGAGCGAAAAAUUUUCUGUUGAUACUCGUUGACAAAAACAUACUCCGUGAACUCCGCCGCUAUCUCACGCGAAUGUUGAGCGCAAUAAAACGCAAGAUAACACGGGUAACAUAGACGUGUCAAAUGAUAAUCGGUGGAAAAGAAAUGCAUGUCCUAAAUUAUGACUUCGAUGGAGAUUAAGAAUGCCCUCGCGUUAUCUGCGUCGAUCUGUACAAUUUUACAAUUCCUAGCCGGAAUAUUGGUAUGUAAGAAAUAUAUCAGAAAUGGUACAACCGGUGACAGCUCCGGCUUAGCCUUUGUCACAUGUUUCAUGUCCUGCAGCUUAUGGUUAAUAUAUGGAGGACUCAUUAAGGAUUUGUUCAUCGUAUCUGUAAAUAUUUUUGGAACAGUCUUACAAAUAUGCUACGUGCUCAUUUACAUCUUGUACAGCGUGAAAAAAUCGACCACUAUCAAGCAAUUCGUAGCAGCGGACUUCUUCGUUUUGCUCAUGUAUCUUUAUAGCAUUUACCAAGAGGACAAGACCCUAGCCGCAAAGCAUGUGGGGUUUCUCAGCUGCAGCCUGACCGUACUGUUCUUCGCAUCGCCACUGAUCCUACUUACACACGUGAUAAGAGUAAAAAGCGCAGACAGUUUACCGUUUCCAGUGAUAGUGGCUUCGAUGGUAGUAUCGUGCCAGUGGUUCGCGUACGGAUGCCUGCUUGGCGACCAGUUUAUACAAAUACCAAACUUCAUGGGCUGCGUUUUAUCGGCUUUUCAACUCUCCCUGUUUCUGAUUUACCCGAGCAAACGAACGGAUCAAGCCUAUUUUAUAUAAAAAUUAUCAUGCGUUUUGUAUUAUAAUUAAAUUGUAAUUACAGUUUCCGCUCUGUGCAAAAUAACAUUGAUGUUAAUGUUGUAACAAAUAUUAUACUAGUGGUAUAAAAAUACUGAUUUACAUAA